AUGCGGUCAGUCCUGCCGUUAGCAGCUGCCAACAACGCUGAAGUUCUUGCUGGUGAUAAUCGCACUCACCGUGAUUCAUCAAUCACCACUUCGGGCAGUAGUGAUUCAUUCUUCAAGGACGGUCGCAAAAUUAGGGUUGGUGAUUGUGCUCUUUUCAAGCCCCCGAAGGGUUCUCCACCUUUCAUUGGUUUAAUUCGUUGGUUGGAAUUGGACAAGGAGAAAAAUUUGCUGCUAGGUGUGAAUUGGCUGUAUCGGUCGUCUGAGCUGAAGCUUGGGAAAGAAAGUUUAUUGGACAGUGCACCUAACGAAAUUUUCUAUUCCUUUCUAAAAGGCAAAGUUCCGGCUGCAUCUCUGCUCCAUCCCUGUAAAGUUGCAUUUCUUCCUAGAGGUGUUGAGCUUCCCGUUGGAACUUCCUCUUUUGUUUGUUGGCGUGUCUAUGACAUUGCAAAGAAGAGUUUGUGGUGGCUAACAGAUCAGCAAUUCAUUAAUGACCAGCAAGAAGAAGUAGAUCAGCUUUUAUACACAACAAGGUCAGAAAUGAAUCAGACUUUGCAGCCUGGUGCUCGUUCUCCAAAACAAAAUAAUGGUCCAUCUUCCACCUCUCAACUUAAACAUGGUUCAGACAAUGGUCAAAAUAGCGGCAAUGCUCCAUCUCAAGCCAAAGGAAAGAAGAGGGAAAGAGGCGAUCAUGGUUCUGAACCUCUCAAACGUGGACGUUCUACACGGACUGAUGAUGGUGAUUCUGUUCUCCCCAAAGCAGAAGGUGACUUAAAACAUGAGAUUGCAAAAAUAACAGAAAAAACUGGUGUCGUGGAUUUGGAUGGGGUUGAGAAGCUGGUGCAGUUGAUGCAACUAGAUACGCCGGAGAGAAAAUUGGAUUUAGGUAGCCGCUCUAUGCUUGCUGAUGUAUUGGCUUCCACUGAUAAGGUCGAUUGCCUCAGUCGGUUUGUCCAUCUGAGGGGCUUGCCUGUACUUGAUUGUUGGCUGCAGGAUAUUCACAAAGGAAAAGUUGAUGAAGGUAAUAAUAUAAAGGACGGUGAUAAAUCAACGGAGGAAUUUCUUCUCACUUUACUUCGCGCGCUUGGUAAAAUUCCUGUCAAUCUCCAAGCCCUUCAAACAUGCAACAUAGGCAGAUCUGUAAAUCACUUACGAUCCCAUAAAAACAUGGAAAUUCAGCGAAAGGCACGUACUUUGGUCGACACUUGGAAGAAACGUGUUGAAGCUGAAAUGAUUAACAUUGAUGGGAAGUCUGGUUCAAACCAAACUGGAACUCCUUGGCCAUCCAAAUCGCGCCUUUCUGAGGCUUCUCAUACUGGUAGCAGAACUCCUGAUGGUGCCAUGAAAAGCUCCCUUACACAGAAUUCUUCAGCAAAAAUUAGUUCCGGUAAGUCCUCACCUGGAGAGAGUGGCAACAAGUAUGGAUCCUCAUCUCCUAGGCUUGUGAAACCAGCUCCAACUAUUGCAUCCGGAAAGGAUAGCCAGCCGAGAAGUUCUGGGGGAGGCACUGUUGAUGCCCCUCAAAUUAGGGAGGACAGGAGUAGCAGUUCUAACCAGUCCCAUAACAAUGACCAGUCUUUAUCUCUGAAAGAUGAUGUCAAGAGUUCCACUUCACAUCCAGCAAUUGUUAAUAAGACGUCAGGCACUAUAACUCGUAAUCGAAAAAAUAGUGGUUUUGUGGGAUCAUCAGCAACUGUUGGUCAGAAAGAAACCAGCUCUAGCAGAAGUUCUCCGGCACACAAGAAUACUGUUGUAGAAAAGCCUUCUCACUCUUCUAUAACUGGUGAAAAGGCUGUUGAGGGGCCCAUCAGUGAUGGGAUCAGCCAUAAGCUAAUUGUUAAGAUACCAAACUGCGUGAAAAGUCCUACCCAGGGGGUCAGUGGUGAAUCAACGGAAGGUCCUGUUAUUAUGAGUAGCCGGGCUUCUUCUCCUGUUCAGAAACUUAAGCAAUCCGAUCCUUCUCCAAACGACAAGGGUGAAGCUUCUCAGCAUAAAUUUACAUCAGAUGUGAACAAUGAACAGACAGAUAUUCCUGAGGAUGGGCAAAGCGUGAACACUGAAGUCUCCAAUAGAUUAAAUGAUAUUCCUGCAUCAGACAAAUUGAAUUCUGUACAAUUGCAUGCGUCUUCUUUCAGCCCCAUGAAAGCUUUAGUUGAGAGCUGUGCCAAGUACUCAGAAGCUACUUCAUCAUUGUCGCUUGAUGAUGAUGUUGGCAUGAACUUGCUUGCCAGUGUGGCUGCCGGAGAAAUUUCAAGAUCUGAUGUUGUUUCACCUAAUGAUUCUACUGAAAGGACGACGCCUGCAGUGGAGGAAGUUUGCUCUGGUGUUGAGACAAAAUCUAAGUCUUCUCCUAAAGAUUACUCUGCAGGAGUGCAGAAUCAGGUUCGCAGUGAUGGAUGUGAUGCGUUGUUGAGUGGCAGUAAAGACAUUGACUCUUCAUUCGUAGAAUUGAGAUGCAACACUGACCCUAAGAGUGGAAUUGAUGGUAUGGUGACAGAAAAGGACAGUACUAAUUUGCAUAGUGUUGAUGGUAAGCUAAUGGUUGGUGAUGGGGUGUCGAAGGCACUAGAAGAAGGUAGCAGCAAGAAGUCGAAGGAUCAAGGAUUGAACAUGUCAUCCAUAUCUCUGUCAAAACAAACUUCUAUAGUUGUUGUGCCUGUGUCUGCAGAAAAGGCUAGUAAUAAAGUUCAGGGCCAACCUGAAUGUGGCCAGAAGUCAGUGCCAGAAGUUGGUGGUUCUGUCAAAAUAGAAUUCGGCGAGAAAGAUUCUAAGGGUGACAUGGGCACAUCAGAAAGAUUGGAAUCUGAUAAUGGUGUGCAGAAAAAUGAGGGCAUUCAGAAUCAAGUCUCACCAUCUCAUGAUCCAAACAGUCACUGUGAAACCAGUCUAGAAAACCAGGAGAUUUUAGGACAUUCACUUACUGAGAGUCAGUGCCUUGGUUCUGUGAAGCAGGAAGCACAGAAGGAUGAUUUGCGAGAAAAGAGCUGCGCUAGCGUUCGCUCUGGGAAUACAGGGAAGUCUACAUCCGCUUCUAUAGGAUCUGCUUUUUCCGCUCACUCUGGAGGAACUGAACCGUGUGAAAAAAUGAAGUUCGACUUAAACGAAGGUUUUAGUGAUGAUGAUGUAAAAUUUGAGGAGCCUGCCACUUUGCCAUCAACUGUGCAAAUGGUUAACUCUUUAUCAUCUCCUGUUGGUUCUAUUCCCAUUGGCCAUUCUGCCUCCAUUACUGUAGCAUCUGCUGCCAAAGGUACCUUUUUUCCUCCAGACGACCUGUUGAGAAGUAAAGUGGAGCUUGGAUGGAAGGGAUCUGCUGCGACUAGUGCAUUUCGUCCUGCUGAACCCAGAAAACUUGCUGAAGUGGCAGUUGGCACAUAUGAUUCAUUUUGUGCUGAUGCUUCAACCAGUAAACAUGACCGUCUCCCUUUGGAUAUUGAUCUAAAUGUGCCGGAUGAAAGACUUCUCGAGGAAAUGGCUUCUCGAGGUUCAGUUUUGGCUGUUGAGUCGACUACAGAUGUGGAAAGUAAAUGCACCUCAUUGUUAAGUGAGCCACCUGGUUCCGUGCAACGAAGUUUCGGUGGGCUGGAUCUGGAUUUGAAUAGAGUCGAUGAGGCAAAUGAUAAUGUCCAAUACUUCACCAGCAGCAGCCAUCACAAAGAGGCUUCCCUUGUGCACAUCAAGCCAGCAACUAAUAUACAUAUUCAGAGGGAUUUUGAUCUCAAUGAUGGGCCUACGGUUGAUGAAGCUAGUGUAAGGCAGUUUCCAGUAAGUCAAUUAGUGAAGGGUGGUUUAGCAGCACAGCUGCCGUCUGCCGGCUUCUCAAUGAGCAAUCAGGGGCCAAGCAGCUUCGCGUCUUGGUUUUCUCCCGGGAAUACCUACUCAACUGUAGCCAUACCAUCAGUAUUACCCGACCGAGGGGAGCAGUCAUUUACCGUUUUCCCACCCGGUGCACCUCAGAGAUCGUUUGGCCCUGGUGGUGUUUCCCAAUUCAAUCCUGAAAUGUAUCGUGGAUCAAUACUGUCAUCUUCUCCUGCAGUUCCUUACCCAUCCGGUCCAUUCCAGUACCCCGUAUUUCCUUUCGGGACCACUUUUCCUCUCCCUUCAGGCACUUUUUCAGUUGGAGGUGCUUCGUUUCAGGAUUCGUCAUCCGGUGCAAGGAUUUUUCCCUCUUCAAUAAAUUCACAAUAUCUUGGACCUGUUGGUAAUGUUGCACCCCAGUUUCAGCGGCCAUUUAUGGUUGGCCUUGCUGAUGUCAAUAACAAUGGUGCAAUGGCUAGCAAUAGGGGGUGGAGCAGACAGGGUCUGGAUCUUAAUUCGGGCCCUGGCAUCGUGGAAGGGGAAGUGAAGGAAGAAAAUUUGCACCCAUCUGGCCAACAGUCUGUUUCCAGCUUUCAAGCCCUUUCUGCUGAGGAGCAGGUCCGAAUGUUUUCAGUUUCUGGUGGUAUACUGAAGAGGAGAGAUCCCGAUGGUGGCUGGGAUAGUGAGCCCGCCAGACAUAGGCAUUCUUCAUGGCAGUAA